AUGCCAUCCAAAAGGGAAUUCAGAGCUCUAGUGAUUGAGAUGGUGUUGGCCACCGAUAUGUCCUGUCACUUCCAGCAAAUCAAAGCCAUGAAGAAUGCUUUGCAGCAGCCAGAAGGAAUUGACAAGCCAAAAGCCUUAUCGCUGUUGUUGCAUACAGCAGAUAUCAGUCAUCCAGCCAAGGCCUGGGAUCUCCAUCAUCGCUGGACCAUGUCUCUGCUAGAGGAGUUCUUCAGACAGGGUGACAAAGAAGCAGAACUAGGGCUUCCUUUCUCUCCACUGUGUGAUCGCAAGUCUACUAUGGUUGCUCAGUCUCAAAUAGGUUUCAUUGAUUUCAUUGUGGAACCCACUUUUACUGUGCUGACUGACAUGACCGAGAAGAUUGUUACUCCACUCAUCGAUGAAGCUUCCCGCUCUGGCAUGUCUGGGUUCAGGCGUUCCAGUCUGAAUAGCAUUAGUCCCUCCGAAGUUAAAAGAUCAAGUGUCAAGAGCACUGGGUCCGAAGGAAGUGCCUCACUCAACUGCUCCAUACUCACUGUGGACUUCAAAUGUUUUAAAACCACCUGGACUGAGGUGGUGCAGCAGAACCGGGAGAAAUGGAAAGCACAAGCCACCAAAGAAGAAAAAGCUAAGAAAGAAGCAGAGGAAAAUGCUCAUCAGGGAACAGAUGAAAAGAAAACAGAUGAAAAGGAUGAGAAGAAGCCAGCUGAAGAUGCCACAGCAGCAAAGACAGAGAACAGCAAAGAACCAAAUCCUGGGGAAAACAAAAGCACAGAUUCCAGUAAGAAUCAUGUUAAUGGGACUCGGCAAACUGGGGUGAACAAACACGAAGCCUCUCAAGGGAAAAAUGCACCUAGGACAGAUAAGGGAACAGAAUCUCAUCAUGCAGUGGAACAGCAUGUCCAGAAUGGUGAAUUAAAGGAAGACAAUAAGUUGGACAAAAAAGAUCAGUCUAGUGUGGGGGAUGAAUCAAAGAAAACAGAUGGUCCAGCGCGACGUUCAGCUGACUUACCAGGCUCAGGUUCCUCUGCAAACCACCUUACAUUGCCAGGUCAGUCAGUACCACCUCACUCUAAUUUGCUUAUAUGGGCAGUUUCAGAAAUAGGCACUCACAGUGCCUACCAUUUGGGAGACGGAGAUAAGCAGAUGAUUUCUUCUCCAG